AUGUCCGAGAUUCAGCUCUUGCUUUCUGCAGUCGCCAUGCAUUGUUUACAUAAUAAAGUAGUGAUUUCUUUAAAAAGGCCAAAGAUUAAGACUGAAGCGGGCUUUGCAUCAUGUGUUGUGAAGGCGCAGUUCUUCGGCCAGAUCAGUCUGGGUAAACCGGGGCAGAACUUCACGGUGGUGUUUGACACGGGAUCCUCUGACCUCUGGGUCCCGUCGUCCAACUGCGUGAGCCAAGCGUGCGCGAUGCACCACAAGUUCAAGGCCUUUGAGUCGAGCACGUACGCACACGACGGACGGGUCUUCGGCAUCCAGUACGGCUCCGGUCACCUUCUGGGAGUGAUGGCCAGAGAACAGCUGACGGUGGGCUCCAUGAGAGUCCAGAAUCAGGUGUUCGGCGAGGCCGUGUACGAGCCGGGCUUCACGUUCGUCCUGGCUCAGUUUGACGGGAUUCUGGGUCUGGGCUUCCCUCAGCUGGCGGAGGAGCUUGGCUCUCCUGUGUUCGACAGCAUGAUGGCGCAAGGCCUGCUGGAUGAGCCCGUCUUCUCCUUCUAUCUCAAGUAG